AUGUUAAGAGUUGGCCUAAGAACUUUGACGACUAAUUCAACGCUGAGAUCAGCUACUUCAAAGCUAAGUGGAUCUCAACCUAAAAUUCCAUCUCCAAAGGAAUUGAGACAUUUUCUGGACAACUAUGUUGUUGGUCAAACCGUUGGAAAGAAAGUGCUGAGCGUCGCAGUUUAUAAUCACUACCUCAGGAUCAAUGACAGACAGAAAAGGAUAGAGGCCAAACUGCAAAGUGAGUUACUAGAAAAACAACGACAAGAAGAUGACAAGGACGAGCCCAUAUACUCCAGCAGCGCCGAAGCUAAGUCUGGCUAUGAGCAGCUUCAUGCACAACUUUCCAAAGAAAUGAUGGGGUUCCGAGAUGAAGAUUUGGAGCUUUCUAAAAGCAAUGUACUAGUUGUCGGGCCAUCAGGUUCCGGAAAAACUCUUUUAGCAUCCACUCUAGCGCGUGUGUUAGAUGUCCCAAUUGCCAUGACCGACUGCACGCAACUAACUCAGGCCGGUUACAUAGGUGAGGAUGUGGAAGUUUGCAUUGAGCGUUUGCUGGUAAGCGCAGACUACGAUGUUGCCAAAGCGGAGCGCGGGAUCAUUGUACUCGACGAAUUGGACAAGCUUGCCAAGCCUGCCGCAAGCAUUGGAACAAAGGACGUGUCUGGUGAAGGUGUUCAGCAAUCCCUUCUCAAAAUACUAGAAGGGCAUUCCGUGGAAGUCACGGUAAAAAGACCUGUAAACAAAAAGAAAGAUCCACAGAAUAACCAAGUGAAUGCUAAGAAGGACGAGACUUUUGUUGUAGAUACGUCAAACAUCCUUUUCAUGCUUAUGGGUGCUUUUGUAGGACUUGAUAAGCAUGUCGCGAAAAGAAUCAAAAGCCAGAAAGCGGGUGAGGCACAAAGCGAAAAGGAUACGAACACUGAAGACAUCAAGCGGCUGAGAUUCAGUAACACUAUAGAAAAGAUCGAACUACCCAAUGGUAAAAAGGUGUCUGCGUUGAAUCUCGCAACUCCCACGGAUUUGGUAUCAUAUGGUUUAAUACCCGAGCUCGUUGGACGCGUACCCAUAAUCACAGCUUUGGAGCCCCUCGAAAGAUCAGAUUUGUUCCAUAUUCUGAGAGAGCCCAAGAAUGCGCUUCUCAAUCAAUAUGAAUACAUUUUUAGGCAAUUUGGCGUCAAACUUUGCGUGACAGAGAAAGCCCUUAUGAAGGUUGCACAUUUCGCACAAGAUGAAGGCACUGGUGCUCGAGGCUUAAGGGGAAUUAUGGAACGCCUACUACUCAAUGUUAACUACGAGUGCCCCGGAUCUGGUAUUUCUUACGUUCUAGUCGAUGAAAAGACCGUCAAUUCUCUGAAGCAAACAGAACAUUCUUUAGCAACACACGUCGCAGCAAAAUACUACUCUAGAGGUGAGAGAGACGAAUUCAUAGAAGAGGUCUAUAAGGAGGACACUAAACAGGGCGAAAUCCUGGAUAAGAUGUAUGGGAGAGUGGGCUCCCACUUGAUGCAGAGCAAGAGAGGUCAUGAGUAA